AUGGCACUUCAAGGAAAAGUUGCGCUUCUGACAGGCGCUUCUAUGGGUAUUGGGGAAGCGAUCGCCUCAUCCUUAGUUGAGGCUGGUGUAAAUGUCAUUCUUUUCUCACGAUCACAGGACAAGCUCCAACAGUUACAAGAAAAGCUAUCAGCCAAGAACAACGUGAAAAUCACCUAUCGAGCCGUCGAUGUCGGCAACUAUGAAGAAGUCGAUGCCGCAGUCUCAUCCUCCAUCAAAGAAAUGGGAGACAUCGACAUCCUAAUCAACAACGCGGGCCUAGCAAUCGGCGCACCGAGUAUAUUCUCCAACCUAAAACCAACUGACAUAACGACAAUGAACAACACCAACGUGAACGGAUACAUGUUCAUGGCCCAUUCCGUCCUAAAUAACUCCAUGAUGACCCGGAAAGCAGGAACAAUCUUGAAUAUCACUUCCAUCACGGGACUCGAAGUACCCCCAUUCCCCGGCGAAGCGGUCUACCACGCCAACAAGGCCUGCCAAGAGGCCUUCACAAAUGCCCUGCGGAACGAACUAAGCGGCACGGAUAUCCGAGUCCUUGCUCUGCGACCAGGUGUCGUUGCUACGAAUUUUCACUCGCUGCGCGUCGGCCAUGAUAAGAAGAUGUAUGAUGAGUUUAUUGAGGGUUAUGAGCCACUGCUGGCUCGGGAUAUUGCCCAAGGUGUUAUCUACAUGCUUCAGCAGCCGUUGAAUAUCUCGAUCAAGGCAUUGGAUAUUGUCCCUUCGGCGCAACGUUCGAUCAAUGUUUUUGACCGGACGUGGAAUGAGCGACGGGAGUGA